AUGGGUGUCAAUAACAGCUUUGUUCAUCAGGUAAAUCUUAUUGAUGGAGCCAUCAAGGCACGGUCGCGCGUAUCGCCUCUUCCCUCAGUCGCCUCUCGCAGCCGCAGUCCUCUUCGUCUUCGUCCUCACGCAGCCCUCUUCGUCUUCGUCCUCACGCAACGCAUACUCUGCGUCCUCACGCGCCGUGAAGCAGGAGGUUCAUUUCUCCCACGGCUUCUCUUCCACUCUCGGUGCGUCGGGCAUGUAUCGCCGGCCGUCGGUGAAAGGCUUAGGGACGCUGAGGUAUGGAUGGAUGAAAUGCUUCAGAAGGGAUAUAACCCACGUCUGAUUGAUUCAUAUAGGAGAUACAGAGUACUGGAUCAGCAGUAGCUAUCUUGUGGUAAUCAUACUCUGAGAUUUAUGCUGCUAUGGGGCUGCCACCCUUCUGUCUAGUCAGGUAACGGCUAUUUAUGAAUGUUUUUGUUUUUCAUGUACAUGUAUCUCUUCUAAUUUUAUGAUCAUUUCUUUUUGCAAUUCCUGUUUCUAUAAGAUGAUGCAGUCAAACUUCUUUUUCAUUUUGUUAGGCAUCAAUCUUUUCACUUGGUUCUGAGUUCUGUU